AUGGAGCGGAUUCCAGCAGAAGAGGAUCCGAACCCUGCACCACAAGUUAUUUUCUCUCCCGUGGACCCGGAUGCCAAAUCCACGCCGUACGUUGUCUCGAUCCCCGAUUCAACGCCUCAUGUCUUCGUGCCCGAUCCAAACGAAAAGUACUUGAUUUCUACCGCAAAAAGCUAUGGCGUGGAUCAUUCCAUGCCAAAUAAUGCGCCAAUCCCGCCACCAGCGAACGAUCAGGCGCCGAACAAGAAGAAAUGGAUCUGGAUAGGCGUCGCGGCAGUAGCGUUCGUGGUUAUUGUGAUCGCGGCGGUUGUGGGAGGAGUUGUGGGUAGUCGCAAUGCCCACAAGGACAACGUUUCAAGCGACACGACUGCGACCGCCAUAUCGUCGGCAUCCGGCCUCAACACGACCAGCAGCUCAUCCACAACUUCCACUCCCACAUCUACGAGUACCACACUCGCCAGUACCACAUCUACCAGUACCACAUCUACCAGUACCACAUCUACCAGUACCACAUCUACUAGUACCACUGCGAGUCCUACUCAGACGAACUUCGGGGCGACCGUGCACAUGUUCGCGAACGAUACCUGUGGUGGAACGGACGAUUCCUUCUCGGUCCUGAACUCCAGCUCGCAGAAAUGCGUCGUGGUUCCGUCGAAUAAAAGCUCAAUUCGCGUGAGCCAGAACGAUGGCUGCAAAGUGGUCACCUGGAGUGGCAGCAAUUGUGCCGGCAGUUCGUAUAGAGUGCCAGACACGGACUGCCACGCGGUUUUGUAUGCGGCCGUCUCUGUCGAUUGUUAG